AUGUCCUGCUGCCAGCCCUGCGACCCUUGCUGCCAGCCCUGCGGCCCCUGCCCGCUGGCCAGCAGCUGCACUGAGUGCUGUGUCAGGCAGUGCCAGAGCUCCCACGUUGUCAUUCAGCCGCCUGCUGUGCUGGUGACCCUGCCCGGCCCCAUCCUCAGCUCCUCCCCACAGAACACCGCCGUGGGAUCCUCCACCUCUGCUGCUGUUGGCAACAUCCUCAGCUGUGGUGGAGUGCCCAUCAGCUCUGGGGGCUUUGACAUCUCCUGCAUCACCAACUGCUAUGGCAGCAGAUGCUGUCCCCCCUGCUAAAGAUGCUUCCAACAUCCUUGGGCAAGAACCUCCACAGCCUUAGAAUAUGGAACUGAAAUGAAGAUGCAUCUUUGGAACAAUGAUUUUGUGCGUUUGGUUUGCUGCUAUUUUCAUCCACUCUCUUCUCUUCCCUUCCCUUCCUGUCAGCACCACCCAAUGCCAGCCUAGUGGGACCUCUUUGCCUCCCUCCUAUAUCUGUCACUCUGCAGUCCAGGUAAAUGGAUACCCUAAUUAUACCCCAGCGGCUGCUCGUGAUGUCCUCUUUCAGCUUUCUCCUUCUCUUCCUUAGACUCAAUAAAGUUGUUUUGCAUCCAAACCUGGCCCUCUGCUUUCUCCUUCCUUGUGUGGGAACUCUUCCAGUCAGCUCAGGGCAAAAGGUGCAGGAAGACA